UGUUUACAGAUGGCUGCCGUCACUUCCACCACAGCCUGCGCUCCAAUUACUUCCCACAACACCGGAGGAUCGCUUCCAGAGCUGACGCACGAUAUUAUUAUUCAAAACUAUUGUGAGCCCAACGCCAAGAAAGAUGUCUUACAUAACAGCGGAAGUGUCGAUAAGUCUCACUCAGCCGUUGGAGGACUGGCUGACAAAAUCCAUGGCUUGACGGAGAGGCUGCACAGCCUUAGCUAUCAUCGGAGCGAAAGUGAAUGCGCCUCAAGAGGAAGGGCAGGGAGUGCAAGUAUUCACCCUCUGGUGACUGUCACACAGAACUGUAUGGACCAAAAAUCGAGUGACUCUUCCCCUAAUCAUAGCCAAGUGUCGCGUAACUCAUCGAAAAAGUCCAAUAGUUCACUCCUAGUUCACGCCAAUCACCACUUAUUGAGUGGCACGACAUCCUCGGCCUCACAUAUAUUGUUCUCGUUUAAGUGA